CUUUCUUUAGUUAAUUUCACCACCCUAAAUAUAUAUUUUAUUUUAUCUCAUGCGGGUGUAUAUAAAGUUCUUAAUGACAUUUGGUCCUUCAUAUCAGUGAGAGUACAACAUCCGUGUAGAUAAUAUAUUAUGAAUAUUGUUAACAAAUGUAUAUUACUUUUAAUUCAAAUAUUUUUGUGUUAAUGUGUAUAUGUUAUUUUGUGUAAAAGAUUUGAUUUGGCAGAAAAUACGAUUGCUAAUAAAAGUAAAUAAAUAUGCUGCAGUUUUUACUAAUAAUAGCAGCAAUUGCUAUUAUGCUCUAUUAUUGUGGUGUGAAACCAAUGAAAUAUUGGAAAGAACGAGGCGUUAAACAAACCAGUAAAGUUUGGAUAGCAGGAGAUAAUUGGAGAGUACUUUUAAAAUUAGAGAGUUUCGCUGAAAUGGUAGAACGAGUAUACAAAGCAAUACCAGGAGUCAGAUAUUUGGGAGCGUACCAGUUUACAUUACCAACUUUGAUUCUUAAAGAUCCAGAUUUGAUUAAACAAAUUUGCAUCAGAGAUUUUGAUCACUUUGUUGACCACAGAUCAUUUGUAACAGAAGAAUCUGACCCCUUAUUUGGAAAGAAUUUAUUUUCAUUGAAAGGUCAAAGAUGGCGAACGAUGAGACCAAUUCUAAGUCCCUCAUUUACAAGUAGCAAAAUGAAAGUAAUGUUUAUGUUGAUGUCAGAAUGUGCCGAAAGUUUAAGUGGAUACUUUUUAAAGAAGGAACAAGAAAUUUUAGACGUAGAUAUGGAAGAUAUUUUUACACGUUUUGCUAACGAUGUUAUUGCUACAACAGCUUUUGGAAUUAAAACGGAUUCAUUAGAAGAUCAAACUAAUGAAUUUUAUGUGAUGGGUAGGGCGGUAUUGAACUUCGGAAGUUUACGCCAGCGGAUUAAAUUUUUCGGAUAUUUCUUUGUACCAAAAUUAUAUAGUUAUUUUAAAAUUGGACUUUUCGACAAGCACCUUGUUAGUUUCUUCACGCAGCUCAUUGAAGAAAAUAUAAAAAUGAGAAGAGAAAAAGGCAUUGUUCGAUCUGAUAUGAUUAACCUUUUAAUGGAAGCUCAAAAUGGUAUUCAGAAAAAAGAAGAGGUAGAUGACAAUGGAUUUGCUAGUAUUGAUGAAAAUGAUUUAAGUAGCAUAGAAAAACCUGCUUUGAAGGAACUAACUAAUUUGGAUAUAGCCGCUCAAGCUAUGAUUUUCUUUUUUGCCGGUUUUGAUUCGGUAUCGUCUGUGAUGAGCUUCAUGGCUUAUGAACUAGGUGUCAAUAUAGUUAUUCAAAAUAGGCUUCGGAAAGAAAUUGAAGAUACGCUUGAAGAAUGCGAAGGAAUCAUUACUUACGAGGCUUUACUGAAAAUGAAAUACAUGGAUAUGGUUGUAUCAGAAACUUUAAGAAAAUGGCCAUCGGCAAUAGCAAUAGAUAGAGUCUGUACGAAGCCAUACACCAUUGAACCUACAUCAUCCGAUGAAAAACCUGUACAUUUAGAACAAGGAACAGUUAUUUGGCUUCCAAUUUAUGCCAUACACCGUGAUCCAGCUAUUUAUCCUGAGCCAGAACGUUUCGAUCCUGAACGAUUUAGUGCCGAAAACAGAGGAUAUAUCAAUCCAUAUUCUUAUAUUCCGUUUGGAGUGGGACCGAGAAAUUGUAUUGGAAAUCGAUUUGCAUCAUUGGAGAUUAAAAUUGUAUUUUUUCAUCUCCUAACAAAGUUUGAAAUUGUUCCUACAAAGAAAACUAUAAUUCCUAUACAAAUAUCAAAAAAACAGUUUAAUUUGCAUGGUGAAGGAGGAUUUAACUUAGGACUUAAAAGACUAGUCAAGUAAUAUAUAAUGUGAAGUAAAAUAUUGUUGGGAUAAUAAAUUAAUUAUUAAUUGUUUUACCGAAUUAUUGCAUUAUUAAAAUGCUUUGAAUUGCCUUGCCGUUUAAUAAAG